UGCUAUGCCAAUUCUAUGAUUUCUUCUGCAAAUAUUAGCCUCUUUCAGUGUCUUAUUUACCAAGUUAUAAGACUUAAGAGGCUCCUCACAAUUACUCAUCCUUCAGCCUUGAAGAUUUUACCCUCAAGUUCGUCCAACAAACUCAUAAUCGUCCCUUAAAAUCUACUUUAAACAUCAAUUCCUCAGGAGACACCUUGGUCAUCAGUUUGCCCCAUCAUUGGAUAAGGUGGUAUUCUCUACAUUAUAAAGGAAUGACUGCGUAUUAUAACCUGUGGCUAGUUUAUUGAAGAAGAAAAUCAUUACAGGUAGAUUCAGAUGGGCUGAUCUAUAAUAGAGCUGUAAGCUUUGAAUUAUUAUCCUCCAAGUGAACGAGCAGGGGACUAAACAAGACUCCAGUGGGUGCCAUCAGCAUGCCAGGCCAGUGAAACCUAAACCUGAUCAAUCUACAAGGUCUGGGAGGGGUAUCCACUUCUCAGUGGGUUUGCGUUCUACGGAGGCCGGACAAGUUCAGCCCAACUUCCUUUUCACAGUUCCUUCACACUGACCAGAGGGAGCUUACCUUACGCACUACCUUUGUUCGCAGCUCAAUGGAACUCGUGACGGCUCUGGUGAACCUCCAAGAGGAGUCUAGCUGUCCCAUCUGUCUGGAGUACUUGAAAGACCCAGUGACCAUCAACUGUGGGCACAACUUCUGUCGCUCCUGCCUCAAUGUAUCCUGGAAGGAUCUAGAUGAUACCUUUCCCUGUCCUGUCUGCCGUUUUUGCUUUCCAUACAAGAGCUUCAGGAGGAACCCCCAGCUCCGUAAUUUGACUGAAAUUGCUAAACAACUCCAUAUUAGGAGGAGCAAGAGAAAGAGACAGAAAGAGAAUGCCAUGUGUGAAAAACACAAUCAGUUCCUGACCCUCUUCUGUUUGAAGGAUCUAGAGAUCUUAUGUACACAGUGCAGUUUCUCCACUAAACACCAGAAGCACUACAUUUGCCCUGUUAAGAAAGCUGCCUCUUAUCACAGAGAAAUUCUAGAAGGUAGCAUUGAGCCCUUGAAGAAUAAUAUAGAACGAGUUGAAAAAGUGAUAAUUCUGCAAGGCAGCAAAUCAGUGGAGCUGAAAAAGAAGGUAGAAUAUAAGAGGGAAGAAAUAAAUUCUGAGUUUGAGCAAAUUAGAUUGUUUUUACAGAACGAGCAAGAGACUAUUCUUAGGCAGAUACAAGAUGAAGAGAUGAAUAUUUUAGAAAAACUAAAUGAAAACCUUGUAAAAUUUUCAGAUUAUGUUUCCACGUUAAAACAUCUACUGAGGGAGGUAGAGGGCAAGUCUGUGCAGUCAAACCUGGAAUUACUGACACGUGUUAAGAGUGUGCACCACAGUUAUCAAAAUCUAAAACGUCCUGAACUCUUUUCAUUUAGAUUAACAAAAUAUGGUUUCAGUCUUCCUCCUCAAUAUUCUGGCUUGGACAGAAUUAUCAAGCCAUUUCAAGUAGAUGUGAUCCUAGAUCUUGACACAGCACAUCCUCAACUUAUUGUCUCUGAGGAUAGAAAAGCUGUGCGAUAUGGAAGAACAAAACCAAACAUUUGUUAUAACCCAAAGAGAUUUUAUGUCUGCCCUGCUGUCCUAGGCUCUCAGCGAUUGAGUUCUGGGCGACAUUACUGGGAGGUAGAAGUGGGAAACAAACCUAAAUGGAUAUUGGGUGUGUGUCAAGCCUGUCUUCUUAGGAACUGGCAGGAUCAGCCAUCAGUUCUGGGUGGAUUCUGGGCAAUUGGGCGAUACAUGAAGAGUGGUUAUGUUGCAUCAGGUCCUAAGACAACCCGGCUUUUGCCAGUAGUAAAACCCAGUAAGAUUGGUAUUUUUCUGGACUAUGAAUUGGGCGAUCUUUCCUUUUAUAAUAUGAAUGAUAGGUCUGUUCUCUAUACUUUUAAUGAUUCUUUCACAGAAGCCCUUUGGCCUUAUUUCUAUACUGGAACAGAUUCUGAACCUCUUAAAAUCUGCUCAGUAUCAGAUUCUGAAAGAAGGAAUUGGUAAAUGAGUCUGUUUCAGUUUUUGUAGAUAACUUAGCCAGUAAAUUUAAUCUCAUUUCUGGAAUCUUUAAGUUUUACCACUGAAAACCAGAGUUGAUUUUUCUCCUAAAUUUUUGGCAACUAUAAAAAGAUGUUCAUAAUGCCACUUUCAUAUAUUUAGUCUAUGAAUAUCAAUUGUCAAGUGCUUUGAUUUCUAAGAUAAAAUAUUUUAGAAUUAUGUUACUUAACAUGUCUAAUAAAAUGUUUUCAAAUUGCCUAUAA